CCGCGCGCUGCUGCCUCCUUCCUGCCCGCCUUCCAGCCGAGGCUGCAGCCGGACCCCGACGCCUCCCAGCUGGGCAGCCGCUCGCCGGCAGCCCCCUCCCUCCCCUCCCUCUCUCUCUCACUCUCCCCUGCCCCGUCCUCCUCCUCCUCCUCCUCUUCCUCCUGCUGCCCGGAGCCCCUCGCUCGGCCUCGCCUCCCGAAACGGCUCCUAGGCCGCUCGAAGAAGAAGACCAAUGAUGAGAGAACAAAGAUAGGGAAUGAGGUAAUGGCAGGAACAUCUGAGAAGGAUCUUUUAUGAGGAGUCUGAAAUGGCAACGCCAUAGCCCAAGAUGAAUGGGUUGUGAGGGGCGUCUUUGUACGAGGCAUUUCUCUCCAGAGGACCCUCCGAAGAGAAAAAUGGGUCUCCCUUUCCUCUUGCCCGUCUCCACCGAGAUGACCUCAUUCAUCUGGAGGACAAUGGAGAGUCUGGGCCUUUAAGUUCAUAGCCAUUACCUCAUCUUCUUCGUGGGGGCCGCAGAUUUGAGAAGCAAAAGCAUUGCUCCAGUUCGGGGGUCUGCGGUUGUCAUGGCGGAUGAAAUGAAUGAUGCUCAGCUCAUAACCGGGGAGAGGCUGGUGACUUGGCUGGAAAGCAGCAUGGAGAAGUUGCUCCUGAUUGACAGCCGCCCCUUUGUGGAGUACAACAUGUCCCAUAUCUUGGAGGCCAUCAACAUCCACUGCUCCAAACUCAUGAAGCGCAGGCUGCAGCAGGAUAAGGUGCUAAUCACCGAACUUAUUCAGCAUUCGGCAAAACAGAAGGUUGAAAUCGAUGGCAAACAGGAAGUUGUGGUGUAUGAUCAGAACUCAACGGAUCUGGCUACUGUGCCUUCCGAUUCCUUCCUGAGUCUCCUGCUGAGAAAAUUGGAGAAAAGCUUCAGCAAUGUUCACUUGCUUGCAGGUGGAUUUGCUGAAUUUUCCAAUUGUUUCCCGGGCCUUUGCGAAGGGAAAUCUAUCCUGGUGCCUUCCUGCAUUUCUCAGCCUUGCUUACCGGUUUCCAACACGGGCCCCACCCGGAUUCUCCCCCACCUGUAUCUGGGGUGUCAAAGAGACGUCCUCAACAAGGAGCUCAUGCAACAGAAUGAGAUUGGCUACGUGUUAAAUGCCAGCAAUACCUGUCCUAAACCUGACUUCAUCCCAGAGUCCCACUUCUUAAGGGUGCCGGUGAAUGAUAGCUUCUGUGAGAAAAUCUUUCCUUGGCUGGACAAGUCUGUGGACUUCAUAGAAAAAGCCAAAGCUUCAAACGGUUGCGUCUUAGUCCACUGUUUAGCCGGAAUCUCCCGCUCGGCCACGAUUGCCAUUGCCUAUAUAAUGAAAAGGAUGGAUAUGUCCUUAGAUGAGGCCUACAGGUUUGUGAAAGAGAAGAGGCCAACCAUUUCUCCUAACUUCAACUUUCUCGGUCAACUUCUGGACUUUGAAAAGAAGAUCAAGAAUCAGGGGGGCACGAGUGGACUUGUUAGCAAACUCAAGCUUUUGCAUUUGGAAAAUGGCAGCAACCAUGGAGCAGGCGGUGGAGUCCUGAGGGGCCCUUCUCAGCUCUGUGCUUCCUCUACCUCAGAGAACGUGGAGCAGAAACCCCGGGAGCCAGGAACCCCCCCGGCUCCCCCUCUCUCGCCAUCUGCAGAGGGCGGCUCCUUGAUGCAAAGCCGAACUGGGUUAAACGUCUCCUCCGAUAAAGUUGAAGACAGCAACCGAUUGAAGCGGUCGUUUUCCUUGGAUAUCAAGUCAGUCUCUUGCGCCGCGGGCAACGCUUGCCUUACCGCUUCAGGACCCGGGUACCCAUCCUUGGAAGACACGUUGGAGUUCUACAAGCAUUCGGCCACUUUGGAAGCGGGCAGCAAAUUAUGCCAGUUCUCCCCUGUUCAGGAAGUUUCAGAACAGACGCCCGAGGGCAGUCCCGAUAAGGAACACACCAAGCUGCCGGAGAAGUCCCACCAGGGCUGGCCGCCGGACAGCCAGAACAAGCGGCAGCAUUCAGGAAGGGCCACGUGUCCUGCUCAGAGGUCGUCCUUGUAUCCAUUGCAUCGAAGCGGCAGCAUGGAAGACAAUUACAGAACCAACUUCCUCUUCGGCCUUUCGGCCAGUCAGCAACAUCUGGCCAAGUCUGCAGCUGGGCUGGGUCUCAAAGGCUGGCAUUCGGACAUCUUAUCUCCUCAAACCUCCGCAGCUUCCUUAACCGGCGGCUGGUAUCUCACCGCUGAUCCCUCCCAUAUUUAUUCUGCUUCAGCCGUCUACGGGAGGAGCGCCACUUAUUCGGCCUUCAGCUGCAGCCAGCUGCCCACGGGGUGUGAGCCGACGUACGCGGUGCGCCGGAGAGAAAAACACGGGGAGCGAGGGGACUCCCGGCGGAGCUGGCACGAGGAGAGUUCCUUUGAGAAGCAGUUCAAGCGGAGGAGUUGCCAGAUGGAAUUUGGGGGAAGUAUCAUGUCGGAGAACAGGUCCCGAGAGGAACUUGGGAAAAUGGGGAGCCAAUCCAGCUUCUCAGGCAGCAUGGAGAUUAUUGAAGUAUCUUGACUCUCUUCGAUGAAUUUUUUUUCCCCCAUUCCUUUUUUUCCCCAAUUUUCUAUAAAAACAAUUCCCUGUAAAUCUGAAAUUUCACAAUACUGUUCAGCUCCGGUAUGGACGAAAAUUAACAAAACUGCGUGUGUGUGCAUGUGCGUGGCUUUUGUGUGCGUGUGCAUGCACCCACAGAAGCCCCAUGAGUGUAUUCCAGAGAGAUUAAAUGGUAAAAUUUAAUUUUGGCAAUAUAGACAAUCAGCUCUUUUCUUGCCUUGCAAGUUCUCAUCACCUUAAGGCAAAAAAAAAUAAAUAAUGCAGCUGUUUUCCUAAAUUUCCCUUAACAAAUGAAGCAGUGACACACAAAGUUGCCCAUCCUUAUUGUCUUUAACGAAUCAGCCUCUGUUAAGCAGACUUGAUGUUUGUUUUUACUAAAGUUUUGAUUGAAAGGUGACUGAAAACAGAGUUUGUGCUCGCCGCUGCUGUAUUUUCCCCCAAGAAACACACCUAUACGAAGAUUUGCAGUCAUCCAGGUGGAGUUGUCUGGAAAAGGAAUUGUGGCUUGCUUUUUCCCUUUUUGCUUUGAAACGUUUCGCAGUUCGGAAGCGACUUGGAUAAGCCGCGAAACGUUUCAAACCAAAAAAAGAAGAAGAAGCCAGGUUUCCUAAGAAACAUGUGCCGACGGGAGCUGAGAGAGACUUUAAGACACAUGCUCUUUGCACAACCAUUGUAUGAAUGCCACUUUAGUAGACAGCCUUCUUUAAUUUGGCUAGUCAGCAUCUCAAAACCAGACAAGACAGCAGACUUUUUCAGGUUCUGGAUGUGUUUGCUAACUCUGGAUGAGGAUUAUUACCCUGUGGACUGCAAGCUGUUCCAUGUGCACGUUUUCAUGUGUUAUGUCUUUGCGUCUUAAUAUUCAAGGUACACAAAUAAUGCCUGCAAUUGAGACCCUGCAUGUGCUGUUAUGCAGAGGCCUGGACUGUGUCUAUGAAACUGACAUCCUCCACAACCAUCUAUCAAGGACAUUUGCCCAGGAAGCGCCCAACAAUUUCCAUGAUCCAAGAUCACAAAGCAUGAUUUCAUUUCUAGCUCCCCCACUCUCCGACACGGACAGGUUAAGCAGGAAUGCAAAAAGGAGAGGACAUUUUUGAUGCUCUUGGGUUGUUGGUGUGUGUGCAGGGGUGGGAUUCCACCGGUUUGGGCAGACCGGUAGCUCCAACAAUCAGCUGGGUGCGAACUGGUUUGCCCCGACGAUCAGAUGGGCUCCACCCACCCGCCCGCGCUAUUUUUCUACUUUUAUCUUCUCAACUGGUUCACGCGGCAGAGCAGGUAGCCGUGUGAAUCAGCUGUGUUACUCCUCCGAAGAAACCCGGAAGUGAAGAUUUCCUCAAAAUGUGCACAGCAAAUCGUGCGAUCACCGAACUGGUUGUGAAACUUGGAGGAUCCCGUGUGUGUGUGUGUACGUGUGUGUGUGUGUGUGUGUGUGUGUGUGUGUGUGUUGGGGAUUAAUCAGAGAGAUUCCAUUCCAUGCUUCCAAUCACUACAGAGGGAAUGUAAAGCACAAGCAACAGGAAUAAAUUGUAUCUAAACGAUA